GUAUGUAUAAGCCUUUUUGGCUAGUUUGAGAAGUGAGUUAAGAGUACCAGACGCAGAAAAUUCAAAGGGGGCGUUCGCAUACAUUAGUAGACUUUGCCAAGACUUACCAAGAAGCUACUUGGUUCCGUUUCACAUCAACUCACAAAACCCAAAUAUUGUUGCACCCAAAACCCACGUAUUUAUUUUCAUUUCUAUUUCUUCAAAGGCCACACUACUCUCUCUUUUUUUUUUUUUUCCAGCAAGAAGCCAUUUUCCGGCAAGAAGCCAAGAACAACUACUGGUCUUUCAUUCCCUGAGCCACCUGAGUUUUGCAGGCCUUGAAGCGGCUUUGUUUAAACACUUGUAGACAUUUGACCUUGAAAACGUGGUCGCUGGUGUAUCACAGUUAUGAGUUGUUUAUCCUUCAUACUCGGUAGAAAGGACUCAUCAAGAAAACUUGGGUUUGAAGUUGAUGACGAACUUUCUGGCAUUCAUGAUGUUAAACUAUACACGUAUAGAGAGUUGAAGUUGGUGACUGAAGAUUUUGAUAUAGCGAAUAAAAUCGGGGAAGGUGGUUUUGGUUCUGUCUAUAAGGGACGACUUAAAGAUGGAAAUCUUGCUGCUAUAAAAGUUCUUUCAGCUGAAUCAAGACAAGGGGUGAAGGAGUUUUUGACUGAGAUAGAUGUGAUCUCAAAAAUAGAGCAUGAAAAUCUAGUUAAGCUCUAUGGCUGUUGUAUAGAAGGGGACCAGAGAAUUUUGGUCUACAACUACCUCGAGAAUAAUAGUCUUGCACAAACUCUUCUUGGUGGAGGUUUCAGUAAUAUCCAGUUUAAUUGGCGAACACGGCGUGGAAUAUGUAUCGGAAUUGCAUGUGGGCUUGCGUUCCUUCAUGAGGAUGUACGUCCACAUAUUAUUCACAGGGAUAUCAAAGCCAGCAAUAUUCUCCUUGAUAAAGACCUAAUGCCUAAAAUUUCAGAUUUUGGCCUUGCAAAACUUAUCCCGGCCAACGUGACUCAUGUUAGCACACGAGUGGCAGGAACAAUAGGUUAUCUGGCGCCAGAAUACGCAAUACGAGGGCAAUUGACGAGGAAAGCAGAUGUUUAUAGUUUUGGGGUACUCCUUGUGGAAAUAGUCAGUGGCAGAUGCAAUACUAAUACACUACUACCCAUUGAGGAACAGUAUCUGCUUGAAAGGACAUGGAAUCUCUAUGAACGCAGGGAGCUGGUUGGUCUGGUAGACACAGCAUUGAACGGGGAUUUUGAUGCUGAGGAGGCUUGUAGAUUCUUAAAGAUUGGUCUUCUCUGCACACAAGACACUCCGAAGCUCAGACCAUCCAUGUCAACUGUGGUGAAGAUGCUAAAGGGUCAGAAGGAAAUCGACGAUACUAAGAUAACAAAGCCAGGCUUGAUAUCUGAUUUCAUGGAUCUCAAAAUACGAAGCCAACCGAAUGGUAAGAAGCCUAGUGAAAAGACCACUGCUUCGUCCUACAAUGAGUCCUCUGGUUCAGACAACCCGGACAAUUCAAACCUGUCAUCAGAAACCUCAGCUGCUGCUACUUCCACUUUCAUCACAAACUUGUCGUUUGAAACCAUGCCUCCGGGUACUACAACCUUCAGCUUCAAAACCAUAUGAACUGAGCGGUUACAGAAUGUGUCGAUUUGAUUUAUUCUUAUAUAUAGGGUUUUGCGGCUUCUUGUAAAUUGUAUAAUUAUGUUUCUUUUUUCCUCUUUUUUUUUCUUUUUUCUUUCCAUACUACACCUUCCUAGCUGGAGGUACUCCAAUGUAAAUGGAUCAUACUUGGUAAUUCAGAGAAAUUUUUCCUGGCUUCAAUGUC